CUUCACUGACACUCUACCUUAUCGAAAAAUGAGAAUUGUGUUUAUUUUAUUCUCACUUUCUCGCCUUCCAAACAAAGUGUAACAAAAAUUGCUUGUACUACAGUUUCCGAGUUCAUGUUGAUUGUUGAGUUUGGGGAUCACCGACUUGAGCUGCAAAUCAUCUCCUUCUGAUGCACGAUAGUGGGGGUUUCCUGUGUUAGUAAAGCAAAGAGAACUAUAUGGAUCGACUCAGCGGUUCUGCCAAUCUAAUGAUAGUGUCUGAUCUUGAUUUGACAAUGGUUGACCAUGAUGAUCCAGAAAACCUUGCUCUUCUUAGGUUUAAUGCGCUAUGGGAAGCUUAUUAUCGUCAAAACUCUCUGCUACUUUUCUCCACUGGGAGAUCACCUACUAUAUAUGGAGAGUUGAGAAACCAAAAACCUCUGUUAACUCCAGAUGUAACAAUAAUGUCUGUGGGGACUGAGAUUACAUAUGGCGAAUCCAUGGUACCAGAUGAUGAGUGGACACAGUAUCUGGAUCAUAAGUGGAACAGGGACAUAGUUGUGGAGGAAACAGCCAAGUUUCGUGAACUAGUUAGUCAAUCAGAUACAGAGCAACGGCCUCACAAGGUUAGCUUUUAUUUGGAGAAAGGAAAGGCAUCAAAAGUCAUGCAAGCUCUCUCAAAUUGUUUGGAAAAACGCGGGUUAGAUGUGAAAAUCAUUUAUAGCAAUGGUAUUGCUUUGGAUAUAUUACCCCAAGCUGCUGGCAAAGGACGAGCUCUUGCUUUUCUGCUUGAAAAGUUAAAAGCUGAUGGACUACAACCACACAACACCCUUGUUUGUGGUGAUUCUGGAAAUGAUGCUGAACUGUUCAGUGUACCUGAAGUUUAUGGGGUGCUGGUAAGUAAUGCACAGGAAGAAUUGGUUCAAUGGUAUGCGGAAAAUGCAAGGGGCAAUCUACAAAUACUUCAUGCAACUGAGAGGUGUGCGGCUGGUAUUAUACAAGCCAUUGGUAACUUCUCUCUAGGUCCACAUUUGUCUCCAAGAGAUGUUAGAGACUCAGUGUUCCACACGAAAGUUCUUAGUCCUAGCCAUGAAGUAGUGAUGUUCUACCUAUUUUAUGAGAGAUGGAUGCGUGGAGAAAUUGAAAAUUCUGAGCAGUAUAUGCAAUAUUUAAAAUCUGUCUUACAUUCUACAGGAAAUUAUGUCCAUCCCUCUGGAAUUGACCGACCUAUGCACCAAAUUAUAGAUACCUUAAAGAUGCAGUUUGGUGAGAAUCAGGGCCUAGGCUUUCGGGUUUGGGUUGAUCGUACGUCUUUUGCAGAAAUUAGUUUGGGCUCAUGGCUGGUCAAAUUUGACAAGUGGGAGUUAUCUGAUAUCCUCAUUGACAUCCCCCCUCAAAUUGAUGCGGUUUGUCAAGAAGCAUCAAUUUGCUAAGAAGAAACUGGUGACGGGCACGAGGAACCGCUUUAGUGAAGAUAUCUGCAAGCUGAAGCUGCGAGGAGACAUGAGGAAGAGAGAUAACAUGAUCAUCAAGAGCCUCACGAAUGGAGUGACAAUCCACUUCAAUAUGCUUAGUGCGCUCAUGAAAAACUGGAUUAGUAGCAAGCUGAAUAGCGCUUGUGUUGUCAGCAUGGAGAGGCGUCGCAUUGAUUUGAGGGAAUCCGAGUUCAGCCAAUAAACCACGAAGCCAAGUUAUUUCAGAGCAAGCAGUGGACAUAGCUCGAUAUUCAGACUCAGUGGAUGACUUGGAAACGCGGGCUUGCUUUUUGCUCUUCCAAGAAAUUAAGGCCGGACCAAGGAACAUGCACCAACCGGACACCGACCUUCGUGUAUCAGCACAACCUGCCCAAUCAGCAUCACUAUAGGCAAGCAAAGUAAGAGAUGUACUGGCCGGAAAAAAUAAUCCUCGAUAAGAAGUUCCUUUCAAAUAGCGAAUGAUGCGACGAACAGCAGCCAAGUGAAGAUGACGAGGAGUGUGCAUGAAUUGACUAACUUGUUGUACUGCAAAGGAAAUAUCUGGACGUGUAAUAGUCAAAUAGUUAAGACUUCCCACCAAUUUACGAUACAAUAAAGGAUCAGGCAAAAGAUCACCCUCAUCACGAUGAUAUUUGACAUUAACUUCAAGAGGAGUAUCCACAGGGACAGCAGAUUGAAGACCAGCCAAAGAAACUAAGUCCUCAGUAUACUUGUGCUGAUUGAGAAAAAUACCUUUGGAGUCAGAAUGAACCUCAAGCCCCAAGAAAUAGUGAAGAUACCCAAGAUCCUUCAUGUGAAAGGAAGCUUGAAGCUGCUGUUUAAGUAGUUGUAUGGACGCUUCAGAUAGUCCCACAUAUCUUUAGCAGUAGAGAAAGCACGUAAGUUGUUGAUCAUGUGAGGUUCAACAGAAGCCAGAAUCCAGGUUAUAACUUGGGCGUCCUUUGUUUGCCACGCCGCCAAUGCCGUUUUCUCUGCCGGAGCAGUGGACUGAGCUACAUGAUCGUCCCAAAGGCCUUUCCCUUUCACGAACAUUUGGAACUGAAACUCCCAAGCGCCAUAAUUUUUGCCCGUAAAGCUGACACAGAAGUUUUCAAAAGUCUUUUCGGAAGCCAUGAGGAGCAAAGCAAACUGACCAGAAACAAGAUAGCACAAAAAAAACAGCAACGUUCCAGAAACAGAACAGCAAGAAAAGAAACAGAGCAGCGAACCAGGAAUAAAAGCAACGAACCAGGAUGGGCUACAGCAGCACAACACGAACCAGAAUCAGAGCAACGAACCAGAGAGCCAAGAUGAACCACGAAGGAGGCACGAUGUUGAUACGGAUAGGAGAAGCAAGAGCGUGUCGCUCUUAGCACACAAGGAAACGGCACAAGAGAAGUGAGAAGACUCGUGAUACCAUGUCAAGAAUAAUUGGCUUGAUCCUUCUCUGAUUCUAUUCUCUUCUAUAUAUAAUACAAUUACAUUUACAAGCAAUAAUGACUAAUUAACCCUAAUUCCUAAUUUGCACAACCUAAAUUAGGAAGUCUAAUUCUGUACAUUCAAAUAGGAAUAUUCUUGAUUCUAUUUCCUAAUUUCUCAAACAUAAAAUAGGAAACAAUCAUUUAUUGCAGAUAUCCUCAUUGACAUACACAAGUAAUUUCAUAAUUAUCAACAGAUCAAGGUUUGAAAGUGUAACAACAAAAUAGUAUUAGAGUAUAUGUGGCUGCAAUUGAUAAAUACAUAUCUAUUUAGUAUUUAGUUUCAAGGUGCAGUGCCUAUUUCACAGAAACUGUUAUUGGAUUAGAUGAUAUGAAAGAUUGAUUGUUUGAGUGAUUGCCUAACUUUCAUAUGUGAUUCUGUCCAGAAAUUUGCAUAAUCUAAUGUAGUGUGCUGAUUUUCCUUCUUUUGUUUUCAAUUUUUGAUCAUUUGCAUUGUACUUAGGCAGCUCAUCUUAGCCUCUUUAGAUAGAUAAGUAUUUGAAAAUUCUCAUUCCUUAUAUAAAGUGAUUUUAUGAAUCCUCUUUCUAUUACUUGUACUUCUUUGACUUGUUUAACUCUGUCAUCCAA